CAAGAAUGCUUAGAAAAAUGUUUAAAAUGUGCUUCGGGAUUUGAUGUACAUUUAUUACGGGAUGCUGAUAUUGGCAAAACUUGUAUUUUGACGAAGCAGCGCAUAGGAUGGCCUUAUCAAGUGAACUUUUGUUGCGCUUGGACGCUGACGCAGAACCGCUGCCAAAACGGCUGAAACUGGCGGAGAAUGCAUUUUGCAGCGCUGAUCUGCCGAUAACGCAUAAAGAAGAUUUGAUAAUCAAGUGGCUGUGCAAAGUAGCACCCACAGAUUUGACAGUUUGGAAGAGUUUGAGAUUCUGUGUUCACUGCCAAACUAUGAACAACAGAACCACUUUAGAUCUCGAAGCGAAAACAAAACUGAUUGAAACUUUAACAACUCAACUGAAACUUAGGGAAGAAAAUAUCCCUGAUGAGAUGAUUGAUUGCUGCAUUUGGAUUUUGACAAACCCUAAGAUGCAGCAUUACUUCCAGAACGUAUUGAGCAAAUUCGGACUUUUUUUGCAAUGUUUACUCGUAAGAAUUAGACUAGAGAACUUUGAACAGGCAGCUGCUAAUGAAGAUGUGCUUAACCGAAGCAGCUUUGUUUUGUCAGAAGUUGGACAAGCUUGUGUCUUAAAUUCCAUUGAUAGUUUGGUUCAAGUGCAUAAACAACAUUCUGACAAAAAUCAAGUGGCUGAGGCUUUUUUGGACUAUGUUUUGAGUCCACUCUGCGCUCUAAUAGAUCCUACCUGUACAGACAACUCUAAUAGAAUUGGAGCAGAAGCACAUAAAUGUAUUCAACAAAUAUUGUUUGGAAAGGCGAGGUACAACGAAUAUAAAGAAUAUAGUUCUGGUACAGGAAGUGGGUAUUUACCUGGCAAAUUAUUCACCACGCUUACUCAACUAUUUAAUAAAAUGGGCCCUGAUGACGGUUCUGUUAUGUUAAGUUAUGUGUUCCACGCUGCGGUUGGCUCCUAUAAAACAGACAGUGAACUGAUAGACAGCUUCUUCAGAAGCUUUGUAAAUUCCACGGGUAAUCUAAAAACUGUGGCAUCAAAUUAUCUAAUUAAUUAUCUGACCGAUAUUCAUUUGGAGUUUGGCAACAAGAUUGACGAUCUGACUCUGAUGGAAUUUCUUACCAACUUAAUUGACCAGAUUCUCUCCAAAGAAGAAUGUUUGAAUCAUGAGGAUUAUGAUCUGUUGCGUAACAUUACUACCUUGAAUCCGCUGGUUGUGGAAAGUAAAUUACCAGCCAUUUUCCGGAGAAUACUCCUCGCAGCUAGAUCGUCAGUAUCUGACAAGCAGUCCUACGUUAUGUUCAUGAUUAGCACCGUGGAUGCAAGCUCCCGUCUGAGGCGUGAGCAAAAAUUGAUUCCAUGGCUUCUGCUGGCUCUUAACACAGCCCUCCUGGAAAAUAAAAAGUGCCAUCUAUUACCAGUAGAAGUUUUCCCUACCAUCUUCACUUCCAAACUCACAAGCCUUGCUAGUGGUUUGCAUAGCCCCCAAGUUACAGCUAUGCUCAAGUCGCUGAGUUACCACUUGAAGUCAAACUGUGUCGAUGAAUUUCAUACCAACGCUGCGGAUUGGGUUACCCUGAUGACAGAAUGUACAGUCCUACUAAUGGUUUCAUUCUUUAAUGGUAUUCGGAUAUUUGAACACAACAUACCUCUUGCCAUGCAACAGAAAUUUACCAGUGCGCUGAGUGAACUGCAUGACAUACUUUCUACUCUAGGCAAAAAGAUUUUGAAUACCACAUAUAAUAGUAGGAUGACGAUUGUCUUGUUGGAAGCUGCUUUGUCGUGGAGCAGAGUACAGAGUCUACUGGCAUUCUACACUCCAAAAUCGGGAGCAGAAAAUAUGUCUUCCCCAAUUUCAGAGGAUGAGUUGCAGCAUUUGAUCCAGAGGGUUGAGAACUUUGGAGAUGCGGGCUGCAAAGAAGCCCUGAACAAAUUUUCACUGCACCAGACGAAAAUAAAUCUAAUUCGUGAACCCGAGCCAAAGUUGACUGGUCUUGUUGGCGGAAUGGAACAUUUUUGGUUACUUAUUCUUCAGGCUUAUCCAGAGGUUGUUUCAACAUUAACCCUUGAUCAGCUAACGCAGCUGACUUCGCUCUUCUUGGCACAGAUGAUCACAAGUGAAAGUAGCUUCCAGAAGUCACUAGAUUUAUUGAGGCAAGAAUCUCUAGAAGAAAAUAAAAGAUUCGUUAUUGUGAUACUCUGCCAAAUUUUUAUUGAAAUUGGGUCAUUAGCUAAACAAAACAUGACUACAGAUAUAGUCGCACGAAUUAAUAUUGUAAACAUAUUGGAAGCUGAGAGUGAUGAUACUGUUCCAGCAUUGGAUUCCAAUAGACUGAUUAAGGAUGUUCCAGUAUUAUCAACCCUGAAUAAAGAUGAGAUGUACAGCAUAGAGAAGUAUUUACAAGCUUUGCUGUGCCUACCUUUCAGGCAUCUUGGUAUUCCACUAAGGACAAUGAUGUUUGUAAUAACUUACGUUAUUGAAAAAUCAUUUGAGCAACAUGGAAGGAUUAAAACCUUAUGCAACAACAUAUUAUUUGAAACUCUAGAAGAAGGCGGGCUGAAUGUCUCAGAAUAUAUUGAUUUAGAUUCAUUGAUCCCUAAUCUUCCCGGAAACAAAGUUUUACAAAAAGCUUUUGAAUUAUCAAUGCGCAAUGCAAAGACAUUUUCAGGUUCUCGUACUUUAGUUACGCUUAGUGGCUGUCCAGACGAAGCAAUUUCAACCGUUUUAUCAUGUAUCGAAAAUGUUAAACAAAAAACAAAUAAGAUGGUGAAACUUUCUCUGGAUAAAGUUGAAAAGAAACUGGGUAAGCGAGCUUUGAAAACAUGUAAGGAAAACCUGGAAUCUGCUGAGGAAGUCAAGAAAGUUACCAUGGCCUUAAAAAUUUCCCUUGGAAAAAACAGUGUCAAAGAAAAUCUUAAAAAAUCGGUUAGAUCAGUGCUUCGAUCUGCCUUUAUGAGUGGUGUGGAUGUAAGUUUAGAAGAAGAAAAUCACAAGAAUUCGGAUGAUAAGGGGGACUUCAUUAACAAAGCUUUAGAAUUGGCAGUUAUAGCCUUGCAGCAUAGGUCACAUUUAGAGUUGCCUGACGAAAUUGUUGCAGGCAUUUGGAGCACUGUUUUAAAGUAUCCACAAAUAAAACUGCUAACCACGUUACUGGAGGCUACAACUCCGAAAGUAUUCAACGAAGUCUUAACGUCCCUUCACAGGCAGACUGAAAUGGAAUUGCAGGAGCCUGAUGCGAUAAAAUUGAACAAUACACUCGUCAUUUGGAAUUGCAUUGGGAAGUCAGACAUGGGAACAAGUCGAAAUAAAUCUCGACAGCAUGCUAUGCGAAAGCUGAUGCGAGCGCUCCUGAUACUUGAAAUAAGAACUGAGCACUGGCCGGAUUUAUUAAAAUUGUUACAAGCGAUCAUUAACUCAAAGCAUAUGCAGCUGUUUGGUGAAUUCAUCGACAUGAUAAUAUCGAUAGCUACCAGGUCAUUAAGAGAAGGAAAUAGUUUGCUUGAAUGCGACAAUGUAUUAAUACUUUGCCUGAGCUUGUUAAGAUCGAGAGUUGAAAUGAUGACUGACAGACUGCCGCUACUGUUGCAGCUGUUCAGACAAGCUAUUACCUUUGUAUCUUCCCAAGUUAAAAAAGAAAGCACAGAAAAUGGUCAUUUAUUGGGACUAUGCGCUCUGAAUAUUGAAAAAGUUACCAGUGCCUUAUGCAAAUUGAAAAGGCAUAUGGAAAGACUCAGCCCUUACUUGAUUUCUGAUAUGGUGGAUAUCUUUGCAAAAGGAGAUUUGGAGCCCAUCAAAGAGCCAUUUCAAAAUUGUAUCAACAACUUGCUGAGCAUCUGCGAUCCCCACGGAGUGGCCUUAAAUUAUAGAGCCUUGCCAGGAGCUAAGCGUGAAAUAUUCAAAAACAUGAGCGAUACAUACAACAAGUUCCAUAGAUUUACUGGCAAAAUCUAAUCUGUCAAAUACAAACCGUUACUUCCUGUUGAAUAGUUGUAGUCUAAGUUUUACUGUAUUGCAUAAUAUGACAAUAAAUUUUA